CCCGGACUCUGCUGAGGGCAACUCCUGAGCUGAGACUCCAGGCUGCAGAACGACGCCCACUUCUCGCUCCAGCUCAUCCCAUCUUCUCAUGGGACAGGGAAGAGAAAUGGCCGCAGUGGAGCCAGCUCAGGGGCCGGUGACCUUCGAGGAGGUGGCUGUGUAUUUCAUCAGGGAAGAGGGGGCUCUGCUGGACCCCACUCAGAGAGCCCUCUACAGAGACAUCAUGCAGGAGAACUAUGAUAAUGUGACCUCACUGGGGUUUCCAGUUUCCAAACCCUCUGUGAUCUCCCAGCUGGAAGGAGAGGAAGAGCCGUGGGUCCUGGAUCUCCAGGGUUCAGAGGAAAGCGAGAUCCUGAGAAGUCCCUGUACAGCAGGUGACAGGGUGGCAAGGGAGAGCGAGGAGAGAAUCCUCACCAGGAAGAUGCUGAGCUAG